CUCGCUCCAUAUCCUCUAGCUUGAGCCUCUACGUUGUUCGGGUGUCCGACCCCAGAGCAGUGGUCGCCAGCUUGAGGUCGAUCGCGGCGGGCAAGUACAUGCAGUACUAUCCUCACGACACCUACCUCAUGGCGCUCGAUGCCGCGCACGCAGAGGCCGUCCAUUCCCUCCGGGGGGUCGAGGGCGUGUUUGCUAUGCCGGCGGAGGCCAAGACAGCGUCUCGUGCUGCUCAGGUCAGAGCGGCGGCAGGGGCCACGGCCACGUUGGACGUGCAAGUGGCAGUGACGAACGAGACGCGAGGAACGUUUGCGAGCACGCUGAUGUCAUGGCAGCGAGAUCUCCGCAAGGUUGUACCUCCUUCCUCCUUCACCAUGCGAUGGGCCAGCACGAGCAAGGUGGUGGUGGUUGUGGACGUCGCACAGGAAGACGCUGUGUGGGCCUGGCUGGCAGAGCAGCCGCUGGUGGUCUGUAUCGAGGAGCGGCCGACUUUCAUCAUCAACAACAAGUAUGCGUCCAUGGCCGUGCAGUCCAAUGAUGGAACGCAAAACAAGCUCUGGAGCCAGGGCCUGCUGGGCUCCGGCGAGAUCGUCGGGUGCGCGGACACUGGGGUGGACUACGACAGCUGUUUCUUCCAGGACCCCAACCAGCAGGUGAAGACGUGUCAGGGCCUGGGAGCCCCCGCAAACUGCGUCAACAUGAACCAUAGGAAGAUCGUCUCCUACCGCUACUUCGCCUCCACCAACGUGGGCGACACCUCCUACGGCCAUGGAACACAUGUCGUCGGCUCGAUCCUGGGCAACUCUCUGUCCAGCGACUACACCGUCUCCUACAACGGAGGAGCGCCGGAAGCAAAGCUCUCAUUCGACGACAUCUCCUCUGACGGCAGCAGCCUGUGGCUCCCCGACGACCUCAACACGGACUUGUUCCCUCAUGCCUUCGCCGUCGGGGCCAACCUGCACUCCAACUCAUGGGGGUCGUCGACCUCGGCCUACACCAGCACGGCGCAGGAGAUGGAUCAGUUCAUCUUCGACCACGACGACUUCCUCAUCCUCGUGGCUGCCGGUAACUCUGGGCCAGGAGCAGGAACCAUCGGCUCCCCCGCCACGGCUAAGAACAUCCUGGCAGUGGGAGCAGGAGCCAACACGCUCGCUGCCUACCAAGACUACGACGGAUACACGGGGACGGCGCAUGACAAGCAGAGGACUGGCCUCGUCGACUUCUCCUCCCGCGGGCCAACUCCGGACGGACGGUUCAAGCCGGACAUCGUGUGCCCGGGAGAGAGCAUCCGGUCGGCCUACUCGGACGGGACCCUGACCUCCUUCCAGUGCUCCAUCGCCGAGAUGAGCGGCACCUCCAUGGCCACCCCGACAUGCGCAGGCGCGUCAGCGCUAGUGCGUCAGUACUUCCGCGAAGGCUUCCUCUCCUCCGGGGCCCGCAACGCUUCCGCCGCCAUGGCGCCGUCGGCGUCGCUGGUCAAGGCCAUCAUGAUCCAUGCGGGUCAGCCCAUGUGGUACACGGAGUCGUCGACGUGGAGGCUUCCUCCCUCGCUCCCUCACGUGUCGCAAGGGUUCGGACGGGUCGACCUCGAGUCCGUCCUCUACUUUGGCCCUUCCACUCCCUUCAAGCUCAAGGUGCAUGACCGGGAGGUCGUCGAGGACCAGCAGACCAGACACUUCUGCUUCCUCGCCCCCAGCCGCCCCUCCUCCCUUGUCUUCCGCGCCUCCCUCGUCUGGACGGAUCCUCCUGCUCCUGUCGGGAGCCAGCGGACGCUGAUGCACGACUUGAACCUCAUGGUGCAG